AUGUCUAGUGCCUUAGGAUUAGACAUUUUGGUUGACAAGGUUCACUAUCGUUGCCCCGUAAAACUUCAAGGUGAAGUUUUCUUAGUCGACUUAAUGGAGCUACCAUUUUGGGAGUUUGAUGUAAUAUUAAGCAUGGAAUGGCUCUCUGGGCAUGACACAAGUUUCAAGUGCAGGGUGAGACAACUUAAGCUUCGCAAGGAUGAUUGGACCAUGGUAGUGAUGACCAGUGGGAGUACAUGUUGCAUUGCCAAGUUUGUUUUAGAGUUAUCCGAUGUGUUUUUGGAGGAGUUAACGGGAUUACCGCCUGACCGUGAGGUCGAGCUCAAAAUAAAAGUUUUGCAAGGAUCAUCUCUGGUGUCCAUUGCACCCUAUCGCAUGGCACCGACAGAGUUGAAGAAACUAGAGAGCCAAAUCCAAGAGUUGUUGAACAAGGGCUUCAUUCGACUGAGUAUUUCACCUUUGGAGCACAGGGUUGUUACAACCAAUUCAGAUUCUGCAAUGAAAAUGGGAGAGAGUGACGAUGGACUUCGUAAUAGACCUUCCGAUGACAAGGUUCUGAAAUGA